AUCAAAUCAACAAAACAGCAGAUAAACAAGAUGAAGUCACAGCAAAACCAGAAGAAAUAAAAAGAUCAGAACCUUAUAUGCUAAGAAAAUGGAGAAUCCAAAAUAAAUCAAGAUAUACUUUCAAAGGAAUACUUUCAAAUAUUCAAAUACUUUCAAAAAAUAUUAAGUGCCCAAACUAAAAGAAGUGUUCCUGAAUAGUCUUCAUAACUCAUCAGCCUUCAGCCUACCAUGACAUUUAAGAUCAGACAAUUUUUUUCACUGAUGACUGCCACAAUAUUUGCUUUGGUGAGUUGGUUCUUAUGUAUUGAUGUAGCAAAUUCUGUGUAUUGGAGGGUGUGGUAUUUUCACAGCCAGAAGAUUUCCAUUAUGUGGAUUGGACUUUGGAGGUUUUGCUAUCUUCAACAUUCUUCUAACAUGCAACAUAAAACAGUAGUUUGUAUGCAAAUCAAUUCAAGUUGGGUCUACCCCAUAGAAUUUCAUUAUGGCAAGGACCUGAUCACAUUGCCCAUCUUCCUGCAAGUGACUGGUAUGAUUUUCAGUUUAGGGGCAUUCCUGAUUAUCUUCAAGAAUGAACCAUACCCACAUUUCAUUGAUACAUGUCAUCUAAUUGCUGGAUGUUGCUUCAUCCUCAGUAGUAUCAGUGUUGGAGUCUCAGUGACCUGGAAUACCUACAUGGAUUUGAGAGGCCAUAGCACAUUGGAGUUUCCAAGACAAUUUCCAGUUAAAAUGAACAAAAUAACUAAGAGAGAAAUUGGUCUUUCUUUCCCAAUGGGAAUUUCAAGUGCAGCCUCUUCUUUUAUAAGUGGAAUCUUCUUCUUUUGCCAAACAUGUUGUUCAAAGCUUUCUAGAAUACAUCCUCAGUCCAGACAUCCCAUAAGGAAGUUGAUUACAGACACCUGAUUCCUUUGUGAACUGGCCCAAAAGAAUUUCCCUAAAAGGUUUCUGGUCCUAUUUCUGGACAUAGCAGUCUAAAGUGAUUGAACUCUCCAAAUAUUUA